AUGUAUCUGCGCAGAUAUGUUGCCAGUGAGCUUGCAACAGAUAUCGUCAUUCAGAUUGGGGACGUCAAGUUUUACCUGCACAAGUUUCCACUCCUCUCGAGAAGUGCCCGCUUGCAGAAGCUCGUUUCGCCAUCAAGUGAUGACGAAAUCGCGCUCCACGACAUCCCGGGCGGGCCCACUGCCUUCGAGACGUGCGUCAAGUUUUGCUACGGCAUGACUGUCACCCUCAAUGCCUACAAUGUGGUCCCCACCCGAUGUGCUGCGGAGUACUUAGAAAUGCACGAAACAGUCGAUAAGGGCAAUCUCAUUUACAAAGUCGAUGUCUUUUUGAGCUCGAGCAUCUUUCGGAGUUGGAAGGACUCGAUAAUCGUACUCCAAUCGGCAAAAUCGCUUGUCCCAUUUUCCGAGGAGCUCAAAAUCAUCAGUCACUGUGUAGAUGCCAUUGCCAUCAAGGCCUCGACCGACGUUUCGAAAGUCGACUGGUCCUACACUUACAACCGGAAAAAAACAGCCGAGGAGAAUGCAAACGGGCUGAGGAUGAUUCGGGCCGUGCCGCUCGAUUGGUGGGCCGAGGACUUGAGCGAGCUCGAGAUCGAUUUGUACAAACGGGUCAUCGUGAAUAUAAAAAACAAAGGGCUCGUGCCGAGUGAGGUGAUUGGCGAGGCGUUGAAAGCGUACGCGUACCGGAAGCUUCCGGGCUCGGGCAAGAAUGUGGUUUUGCAAGACGAUCUCCCGAAAUUCCGUUCGAUUUUGGAGACUGUGGUGUGGCUUUUGCCUUCUGAAAAAGGUUGCGUCUCGUGUAGCUUUCUUCUGAAGCUUCUGAAAGCUGCCGUCUCGGCGGAUUCGGACGAGAGGGUAAAAACAGAACUCGUGAGGAGAAUCGGGCAGCAGCUGGAAGAGGCCUCAGUUAAUGACCUCUUGAUUCGGGCUUGCGAGGGUGCGGAGUUGAUUUAUGAUGUCGAGAUUGUCCUGAAGAUUCUAGAAGAGUUUGUGACGCAGGAUAGGAAUUUUGAGAUCGAGAUAGAAAAUGGAAGUGGCGAGAUUCAGGAGGUUCGGAGGCCCGGGAUCUUGUCCGAAGCUUCAAAGCUGAUGGUAGCUAAACUUGUCGAUGGCUAUCUUACGGAGAUCGCAAAGGAUCCGAAUCUGCCCAUUUCUUUGUUUGUUGGGGUCUCGGAGAUGGUUUCGGGCUUUUCCCGCCCGGCCCACGAUGGCCUGUAUCGAGCCAUCGAUACAUAUCUCAAGGAGCAUCCGGGGAUCAACAAGAGCGAAAGGAAGCGCAUUUGCCGACUGAUGGAUUGCAAGAAGCUCUCGGCUGAAGCAUGCAUGCACGCAGUCCAAAACGAGCGAUUGCCCCUUCGGGUAGUCGUUCAGGUCCUCUUCUUCGAGCAAGUCCGGGCAGCAGCCACCUCGGGCAGUUCGACCCCCGAUCUCCCGAAAGCCAUUAAAGACCUAAACUGCAGCAACAACUCGCACGGAAGCUCUCGUUCGGCCACGACCAAUACAGAUGAGGACUGGGGGGAUGCGAUGGCCUCGGCUGAGGAGCUCCGGGCCCUCAGAGGCGAGCUUGCGGCCUUACGGUUAGGCAAUGGGGUUCCGAACGAGAGGGAGAUGGGUCGGGCCUCGAGCUCUGACCGGGCUGCGAUUGGGAAGGUUAAAGGGCUGAUCAUGUCGAGGCGGAUUUUCUCCAAGAUUUGGUCUGGGAAAGGCGGUGGGGCCCACGGAGAGAACAGCGGGUCAGAUUCUUCGGAGAGUCUUGGGUCGGGUAAUACUACGACUAAUACUCACAGCAUUCAAGACGAGGGGAAGAGUACGCCGUCGAGGAAAGGGAGGCAUUCGGUUUCGUAA